AUGCGGGACAUUCGACACGAGAUGCGAGGUGGGGUCUAUAUCGGCGAAGUGAGAGAUGGUGGAUCAAGCGCUUGCGUCGACGUUCCGACCCUGCAUGCUCACAUCACGCUGCAAGACGCCGCCUGGAUACGAGCUGUGACCAUUCAUGCCAAAGGCAUCAACGACGAGAGAGGCAACUCCCAAUGUCGAGGAUUGAGCGAGGUCAAAUCCCUCUACCCUCUCGCACACAUUCACCCCACUGAUCUAGAGUACAACAAGAAGGCUGCAUCCAUAGGCGCUCUAGAAGAGCAGAUCUUUGUCACCGCCAGCUGGGCUCCACAUUCCCACGACAAUGUCGAAUCGGCAGCAGAGGCCGUCGAAAACGACCAGAGCGGCGAGACCAGACCGCCCACGGAGACUGCCAGAGACCGCAGCGCACCUCUCCUCAUCUUAGCCGUGGAACUCUACCUCUACACCAUUCACGAGCUCGGCUCAGCAGUGCUCUACGUCUCCAAACUCGAUUCCAGCGGAUACGGCCCCAAAACGAUCCCCACACCGCUCAGAGAAGCACUCUCAGACCACGUCUUCAACGACAAGACCACAAAGUUUGGCAACACUCUCACGGCAACUCUCACAUCGGCGGUCACCCAGCACUUCACCUCCUUUCGACACUGGGACUCGAAUGCACAAGCCAGCUCUUCCUCCACCAUCUCGCAUCUUUCCGUCCACAUCCUUGCUCGUAGUCAAAGAGCCUACCUGUUUCCCUCGAGUCCCGAAAACAAGGACAAGAAGGUGCUUUCCGACGGAGCGCUCAUCAAGUGGUGGAGAGGUGUCAUGUCCGACGUUGUCGUUGCCACUAGGGACGACACUUCGCCUGUACGUUCAAUCGCCUCAAACAAGGGCGAGGCGAUCGAUGCAAGAGCGUACUACGUCGUUCCUGGCUAUAACAAGUUGGAGUCGCAUCCCUUGGUGCCGCUUGUUCGUGAUGAUGCUGCGGGCAGCUCGACCGGAAAGCCACGGACAGCGGAUCAGAUUUUGAGGCAAGCGAAUUGGACAUAUGGCCACCCAUACAGUCCCGACGGCGCCAACUGCAGCGAAGCCGACCUUCCGCCUCUACCGCUCCACUGGCGCACCUCGAGCUUUGCUUUGCAGAGCACCAAAAGCGAGCCCAAGAUUCAAACAGACUCAAGUCGAAGCGACUACGAUCCAAAGAGAGUCAGAACAGUACCGACGCUCAUGCCGCACUUUUCGGACGAUCCGAAAACUCGAUUCCUCGACGAAAUGGCACGAGACGCACACGAGCACUCUGGUUGGAAGAAGAAGACCGUCACCUCCACUGCAACGAACAGCAAUGGCAACGGGUCAGAUGUCAAAGCACCGGCGGUGACCGGCGAAGAAAAGGAGAACGGUAUCGAAUCAGAAGUCGACAUUUCCACCUUCAAGGGUGAAGAGCAACGCUCCCAAGACACCAACACCAAAAAGAGAGCUGCGGAAGAGAGUUCCGCGAACGACACGGCUGAGAAACGGGCAAAGGCGGACGCUGCAUCUUCCGCCGCUUCCACCACCGCAACGUCCGGGUCGGGAGUUCCGCUGAUCACACUGCGUGCACUCAUGCGCGAAAGACAGGCGAUGGACGAUCUACCCAUCGACGAGUUCUGGGAACGGAUGGCAUUCCGUCAAGAGUGUUGCUCUGGAAACGCCGUCGGUGUGCUCGUCAUUCUUUUCACUCGUCAUCCUCCUUCGAAUGGCGAGGAGGAUGCGGCGACGACGAUGACGAUGGAAAGACAACCGUUGUCGCUACCGUACAAGGUUUUGGGGGAUCUGGUGUUCAAGUCGUUAAUGAAGGAUACGUGCGAGUGGAACAAGGUGACGCUGGCGAGGCAGCUGACCGAGGCGUGGUUUCAGGGUGUGGAUCGCGAGGUCAAGAGGAAAGGUGGGUUGGCGCAGUUUUGGAAGGAGAAUGAGGAACAGCAGCCGCAGGAGGGAUUACUGGUGGGCAAGGGAACGAUUUGGGACGACUUUGUGUUGAAGGCGCCGACGGAGGAGCAGAUGGAAAAAGUCAAGAAGCAGGUGGAGGAAAAGAAGGAUGCAGAAGGCCCGGCCGGAGUGGCAGGAGGUGGUCCGUCGGGUGGGCCGACGAACAUGCUAAGUGUAAAGAGGAAGAAGAAGCCUGCCAAGUAG